AUGCUAAGAAACCAAUUUUUUAGGAGUCAGACUGUUUUUGCAGGUUCGAAGAGAUUUUAUUCUGUUAGAAAGUUAGCUGAAUUAGAUGCUUCCAAAUUGAUUGUGAAACAGGUCAGUGAAAAAUCCUCUCCAAAACCAAAUGACCAACUGGUGUUCGGUAGCACGUUCACUGAUCAUAUGUUGACAAUCGAGUGGGAUGCUAAGAAAGGUUGGGCUAAUCCAGUUAUUAAACCUUACGGCAACUUAUCUCUGGAUCCAGCAUCUUGUGUGUUUCACUAUGGGUUUGAAUUAUUCGAAGGUAUGAAGGCCUAUAGAACCCCAGAUAACAAAAUCACUUUAUUCAGACCUGAUAUGAACAUGAAGAGAAUGAACAAAUCUGCAGCAAGAAUCUGUUUGCCAACAUUUAACAGCGAUGAGUUAGUUAAGUUGAUCGGUAAGUUAAUCGAGCAAGACAAGCAUUUGGUACCACAAGGCCAAGGUUAUUCACUAUAUAUUAGACCUACGUUGAUUGGUACUACCGACACUCUUGGUGUUGGUGUCCCUGACAAGGCCAUGUUAUUCGUUAUCAAUUCCCCAGUAGGUCCAUAUUAUAAAACUGGUUUCAAGGCCGUCAGACUGGAAGCCACAGACUAUGCUACUAGAGCUUGGCCAGGUGGUGUCGGUGACAAAAAACUAGGUGCUAAUUAUGCUCCAUGUAUUUUACCACAAUUACAAGCCGCUUCCAGAGGUUUCCAACAGAAUCUAUGGUUGUUCGGUCCAGAAAAGUACAUCACUGAAGUCGGCACAAUGAACGUUUUCUUUGCAUUUAAGAAUUCAAAAACGGGUAAGAAAGAAUUGGUUACUGCUCCAUUAGAUGGUACCAUUCUGGAAGGUGUUACCAGAGAUUCUGUAUUAACCUUAGCUAGAGAAAAUCUAAACCCUAAUGAAUGGGAAAUCAAUGAACGUUACUACUCAAUCCAUGAAGUAGCUGAAAGAGCUGCUAAAGGUGAGUUAAUAGAAGCUUUUGGUUCAGGAACAGCUGCAGUUGUGUCACCAAUUAAAGAGAUCGGUUGGAAAGACAGUUUGAUUAACGUUCCAUUGUUACCAGGUGAGCAAUCUGGUGCUUUAACUAAACAAGUAGCCUCCUGGAUCGCCGACAUCCAAUACGGCAGAACAAAGCACUCCAAUUGGUCACAGGUAGUUGCAGACCUAAAUUAA